AUUCUCACUCCCACUUCACAUUUCCCUCUUUUUCACCGUCUUUCUUCGUUCUCUCAAUUCUCCAACCUUCCAUUCAAAUCACCAUAACCUCCACCACUUUUUGUUUAACAUUGUUUAUGUGAGAGGCUUUUGGAAGUGAAUCUUGGAGAGUGGGAGCAAUGCGUAGAUGAUGUGUUUGUGGAAUUGCUUUAUUAAGUGUUACUGUAUUCAAGGAGUGCUGCAAGGAUGGCUCUGCAUUGAAACCCGCACGCGCAGAUCUUCCUCAUGAGUAAGCAGACAGAGAGAGAGAAGAGAACACGUUUGGAAAACGAAAAGGGGUAUUUUGGGAAAAGAAAAGAAGUGUGAAAGGCGAGUGCAUGUUAUUUAAGAGAGGGAAAGUUGGGAAGAUCUUAUUUUCUUUCUUGGAAAGGAAAGCCUUAUGCAUAACUUGCAAAUUUGUGUUUCUUCAAUGGAGUUUUGUAAUCGAAUUAUCCUCAAACAUGUUUCCAUUUUACUGGUUUUUUUCCUUAGUUUUUCGACCUCUAAAACUGUCACUCCCUCGCUUCUGGACUUGGUGGUUACAAACACCACAGUCCUACACCGCAAUUUCACUGCACUAUCAGAAUUCAGAAUGAUAAACAGACGAAUUUUGAACGAUUGCUCUGCUUCAAAUCCCUUCCUCGAAGUGAAUGUCGACUCAAAUUCCACUCUAUCGGAUGACGAGUUUGUGAGAGUUACAGUCACAGGGGUUUCAAAUCCUUCAGACGGUGAUUGGGUUGCCAUGAUCUCACCUUCAAAUUCUGAUGUGAAAUCUUGUGUGCUGAAUGAGUUGUUCUAUCUGCAAACUGGUGAUACGGCCAAACUUCCUCUGUUAUGCCACUACCCUGUCAAGGCACAGUACAUGAAAAAUGAUCCAAACUACCUCAGUUGCAAAAACAAAGAAUGCAAGAAAUACCAAGAUGGGAAAUGCGUUAUCUCAACGUGCAGUGGUUCAAUACAAUUUCAUGUCAUCAAUAUUAGAAGUGACAUUGAGUUCGUGUUCUUCUCUGGUGGAUUCCUGAAACCCUGCCUUGUAGGAAGGUCCACGCCCUUGAGUUUUGCUAAUCCCAAGAGGCCACUCUAUGGCCAUCUAUCAAGUAUAGAUUCAACCGGAGCAUCAAUGAGAUUGACAUGGGUUAGUGGAGACAAAGAGCCUCAGCAAAUCCAAUAUGCAAAUGGAAAAUCAGUUACUUCAACAGUCACUACAUUCUCACAAGCUGAUAUGUGUAGUUCAGCGCUGCCCAGUCCUGCUAAGGAUUUCGGAUGGCAUGAUCCGGGAUACAUCCAUUCAGCACUUAUGACAGGACUAAAUCCUUCAAGCCCAUUUUCCUACAAAUAUGGAAGUGACUCGGUUGGUUGGAGUGAAGAAAUUCAGUUUUCAACUCCACCAGCUGGAGGAUCGGAUGAGGUCAGAUUCAUUGCAUUUGGUGAUAUGGGCAAAACUCCUCUCGAUGCUUCCAAAGAACACUACAUUCAGCCCGGAGCUCUUUCAGUGAUUAAAGCUAUAGCCGAAGAUGUAAAUUCCAAAAAAGUAAAUUCAGUGUUUCACAUCGGAGACAUAAGCUAUGCGACAGGUUUUCUAGCAGAAUGGGAUUUCUUCCUUCACCUUAUCAACCCAGUAGCUUCCAGGCUUUCUUAUAUGACAGCAAUAGGGAAUCAUGAGAGGGAUUACGUAGAUUCUGGUUCAGUAUAUAUUACUCCUGACUCUGGUGGGGAAUGUGGAGUACCGUAUGAAACAUAUUUCCCAAUGCCAACUUCAGCAAAAGAUAAGCCUUGGUACUCUAUAGAACAAGGAAGUGUUCAUUUCACAGUAAUAUCAACUGAGCAUGAUUGGUCAGAAAAUUCUGAGCAGUAUGCGUGGAUGCAAAAGGACAUGGCAUCGGUUAAUCGACAGAAAACUCCUUGGCUAAUCUUCAUGGGACAUAGACCGAUGUACAGUUCUCAUCAGGGAUUGUUAUCCUCUGGAAACAAAUUUAAUGAAGCUGUGGAGCCAUUGCUAUUUCAAAAUAAGGUUGACUUGGCACUUUUCGGCCAUGUACAUAAUUAUGAGAGAACUUGUUCCGUGUUUCAACAAAAAUGUAAAGCCAUGCCUACAAAAGAUAAAAAGGGAAUGGAUACAUAUGAUGGCCGAAAUUACAGUGCUCCAGUGCAAGUUGUCAUUGGCAUGGCUGGCUUCACCUUGGACAACUUUUCAAGCAAUGUUGAGAGCUGGAGCCUGAAAAGGAUUUCCGAAUUUGGUUAUCUAAGAGCACAUGCUACAAGAAAGGACUUAAGCCUAGAGUUUGUCGUCUCAAAUACAAAAGAAGUUAUGGACAGUUUCCACAUUACAAAGUGAUAGCUCAUUCAAGAAACAGAGCAUACGUAAGUGAAGGUUAUAUUAUAGAUAGAGACCAUACAGAUAGAAACAACAUCAUAUGUUUGUGAAAGACAAAGGUGAUAUGGACGUAGGAGCAAUUUUUCACUCUUUAUAAUGUAUAUAACUGUAAUUUUCCACAAAUUAUAUACAAGAUAGGUAUAAUAGUAAGUUCCAACAGUCAUUGUAAGCAUUACAUACUAUCAAAUCAUGUAGUAAAAUGGGUAUCAUAUGAUCAUAGUUCAUAAUGAAAAGUACAACCAUGCAUGUUCAAA